GCGCGCGCUCGUGCGGCACCGCGCACCGCGGCUGCCCGCGCGGCGUCGUCAUGAUGGCGCCUCGAGGUGCCGCGGAUCAGCCCGCAGCGGCCGCCAGCGCCGCGGAGGCGGCGGCUAGGGCAGCGGAGGCCGCGGGCGCCGCGGAAGCGCUGGAGGCGCCUGCAGCGGCCGCUUGCGCCGCGGACGGGCUAACGCUGGCCGACGGCGCCGUAGACGGACCGUCGUCGGCCGCGCCAACCGCUGGCGCGGCGGAUUUUUCGGCUGCCGCUGGCGCGGAGGAGGCGCCCGCGGUGACCGCUAGCGCUGCGGAGGCGCCCGCGGCGGCCGAGACGCCCGUGGCCGCGGUCAGCGCCGCGGAAGCGACGGCGGCGGCGGCCGCCGGAGCUGCAGAGGAGCUCACGACGGCCGCUGGAGCUGCGGAGGUGUCGGAGGCGCCCGCGGCGGCCACCAGCACCGCAGAGGAGCUUUCGGCGGCCACUGGCGCGGCGGAUUCUUCCGUGGCUGCCGCCGGCGCCGCGGAGGCGCCCGCUGCGGCCGCUAGCGCCGCGGAGGUGCCCGCGGCGGCCGUGGGCGCAACGGAGGCGCCCGUGGCCCCGGCCAGC